CCAAAAAGUCACCAUUUUUAUUUUCGUUGACUCGGUCGGAUUUGGGGAAGAAGAAGAACAUGAAGUGUUUUCACUUCACCAAUGGCGACAAGAGAACAACAACAACAAUCGAAGAAGGAGUAGGAGGAGGAGACAGUGUUGUUUCAAGAGCUUCAAGACUCUCAUGGGCUCGUUCUCUAAGCGUAGCAUCAUCCACCACUUCAGACCCAACUCGCCGGUCCGAGUUUGACUCAGACUGGAGUUUCUCACCGGAAAGACUUACUUUUCCCAAGCCAUUAAGUCAACGUUGGAUCGGUGGACUUGUUCCUGAGAAUGAUCUAAAGGUGUUUACUUUCAAAGAGCUGAAAAUAGCUACUAAAGGUUUCAAUAGAGGUCUUUUGAUUGGCGAAGGAGGGUUUGGUUGCGUUUAUAGAGGUGUUGUUGAUGUUUCAGACUCUAAUGGUUUUGAUUCGAAGAUUAAUGUUGCUGUUAAACAGCUUAAUCGUCAAGGUUUACAGGGGCAUAAGGAAUGGAUCAAUGAGGUGAAUUUUCUAGGAGUAGUGAAUCAUCCAAAUCUUGUGAAGUUAGUUGGGUAUUGUGCUGAUGAUGAUGAAAGAGGGAUGCAAAGGCUUCUAGUCUAUGAACUUAUGUGUAAUAAGAGCUUGGAGGAUCAUCUCGUAGGCCGAGUUGUGUCGGUAUCUCUACCGUGGAUGAUGAGGUUGAAGAUUGCGCAAGAUGCUGCUCAAGGCUUAGCUUAUCUUCAUGAAGAAAUGGAUUUUCAGUUGAUAUUUCGAGAUUUCAAGUCUUCAAACAUCUUGCUUGAUGAGAGAUUCGGUGCAAAGCUCUCGGAUUUUGGAUUAGCUAGGCAAGGACCUCCUGAAGGACUUGGUCAUGUCUCAACUUCAGUUGUAGGUACGGUUGGUUACGCAGCUCCUGAGUAUGUACAAACCGGGAAAUUGACGGCAAAGAGUGAUGUAUGGAGCUUUGGGGUAGUGUUGUAUGAACUGAUCACGGGAAGACGAGCAGUGGAUAGAAAUCGACCUCGAGGUGAACAGAAGCUUUUAGAAUGGGUGAAGCCUUAUGUAUCAGACUCGAAGAAGUUCCAUCUGAUUGUCGAUCCACGGCUCGAAGGCCAGUACUACUGUAUGAAGUCUGUUCAAAGAGUAGCUGCUUUAGCAAACAAAUGUCUAAUGAAGCAACCGAAAUCUCGGCCUAAAAUGAGCGAAGUCGUAUCACUACUUGGACGCAUCAUCGAUGAAGAAGCGGAAAACGUUCCUCCGCCAGUUGCUGAUGAAACAGAAGAGAUAAUCAAAGCUGAGCUCAAUGGAGAGAGUGAGCCUGAGCUAAAGAAGCAAGGUAGUAGUUAUCGUAAGAAGGUUCUUGAUCUUAGGGAUAAGAUGAACUUAAACAAGUCGCUUUCGAAGCUAGACUGGCGAAACUGGACACCAGGACUGGUCAGAACAUGGUAGUAGAAAUAGUGUCUUCACUGUAUAUAAACUUCUUAAGCAUUUGCUUAUGUAUAUGUUUGAAAGCAUCUUUCUUUGUUCUUAUUUCUUCUUUACAUGUAACACUAACAGAGCUUGAAGUUGAAGACAAUGAGAUCAUUUAUACU